AUGGAUACACAAAUAACUAAUAAAGACGUUGAAGAUAUAAUUAAUCACAUGAAUGAAAAUGGAAAUGAAAAUGAGCUACAUGUAAAUAAAAAAAUAAAAAUAAAACAUUUUAAUUAUGAAAAUCUUUCUAAGGAGUUUUUGUUAGUAAAUCCUACGUAUACACAACAAUUCAGUGAAAUAUAUUGUCUUCGAAUUAAAAUAAUGAAAAAUUUAUUAAUGAAAACAAUAGAAACAUUAAAAGAUGAUGAAAAAAAGGAUAAGGAUGAAUAUAAUGUAUUAAAUUAUUUAAAAGAAAUAAAAGUUAAUGAAAAAUGCUAUUGUAUAGGAACACUUUUUAAAAAAAUGCAAUUGAGACCAUCUGUUCUAAAAGAAUACUUAAGUGAAAUAAAUACUAUUGAAACUCUUGUCAAUUUUUCACAUGAAGAAGAUGCCUUAUUUUUAGAAGAUGAAACAGCAAGAUUAAAAUUAGAAGGAAAUAUAAAUAAUGAUCAUUAUGUUACUGGGUUAACAUUAAUAGUAAAGGGUCAAGGAAUGAGUAAUGGUUCGCUUUAUGUAGAAGAAUUAAUCUAUUCUUAUUUGCCAAAAUUAGAAAUACCCAAAUGUAUUAGUAAUGAUGAUAAAUAUUUAUUAUUUGUAUCAGGAUUAUAUAUAAGUGAAUUAAAUAAAAAUAUAAAUAACAUAUCAUUAUUAAGAAAUUUUAUAUUAGGGUUACAUGGAGAUAUAAGUAUAUCUGAAAAUCUGAUUCGACUAGUAAUAGUUGGUAAUAGUCUCAGCAAUAUAGAUAAUGAUGAAACUAGUUUAAAUGCAAUUGAUGUAUUCAUUUCUUCUUUAUGUUCUGCUGUUUAUGUUGAUUUAAUGCCUGGGGAAAAAGAUCCUAGUGAUUCAUACUUACCUCAACAACCAUUUCCUAAUUUAUUUUUUAGAAAAUCAAAAAAUUAUAAUUCUUUUCAGUGUGUUACAAAUCCAUAUAUGUUUACAAUUGAUAAUAUAAAUAUUUGCUGUAUGUCUGGUGAGCCUGUUAAUAACAUUAUUUCUUAUUCUAAAAAUAGUAAAAUAGAAGCAUUGAAAAUGAUAGCAAAAAGUAGAAUUUUAUCUCCUACUUCACCUGAUACAUUAGGUUGUUAUCCUUUUACAAAAAACGAUCCAUUUUGUAUACAACAUGAUAAUACAUAUCCUCAUAUUUUUAUUAAUGGAAAUUGUUCUAAAUUAGAAAUAGAAUAUAUUCAAAAUGAUAAUAAUGAAAAGAAAUUGCCACUACUAGUAUGUCUUCCAAGCUUUGAUAUUUCACCAAAAGCAUUACUAAUCAAUAUAAAAAAUAUGGACUAUAAAGUUCUAACAUUCGGAGUAGAGAAAAACUAA